UCCAAAAUUCUCUAUUAUAUGUAUCCAAUGGCUGAAAAUGAAUUGACUAUGUGAAUGUGUAAUUUUUAUGACUGCAGGGAAUCAUCCACUCUAAACCCCACUUCACUUCCACCUCUCUGUUCCUUCUUCCCGUAAACAUCAAUGGCAUUCCAAUUCCAAUGACUCUCUCUUUACUACACAAAACCAAAACCAAAACCUCAAUCUCCAACAUUCUAUCAACAACGUUGUUGUUAGAUUCAACACAUCAACAUGGCCCCAACACCACCCAGUUUCACUCUCUCCAUCAGAGAAGAAGAACAAAAACAGGACAGCAAAUGUGGCGGUUACCUAGUGGUAGCUCUUUGUCCUUGUCUCGUAUGUUUCAUUCUUCUCUUAAUUGUUCUUUCGAUCGUUCUUAUUGUCAAAUUCCACUUUUUUUGUCACACCCCUCUUCAUUCCUUGUUCUACAAAAAAAACUGCUAAAUCCCCAUUUGGGUGGUAGUUUUUAUGGAUUACCCUUUUCUAGUUUUCAGUUAAAGUUUAUGUUUUUAGAUAAUUAUAGACCAUUUUGUAGUGUUAGUGGGGUUGAAUCUGAUUCUGAGGAUAGUGGGUCAUGUUCAGAUCCAAAUGAGGUUGAUAGGGUAUGUAAGGUCAUUCAUGAGUUGUUUGAUUUGGAUAGGAAUAUGGAAGCUGUUCUUGAUGAAUGUGGUGUUGUGUUAUCACAUGAUUUGGUUGUGGAUGUGUUGCAUAGGUUUAAACAUGCUAGGAAACCAGCGUUUAGGUUCUUUUGUUGGGUGGGGAAAAGACGUGAUUUUGAACAUGAUUCGAGGACUUAUAAUACAAUGAUGGAUAUUUUAGGGAAGACUAGACAAUUUGAGACUAUGGUAGCAUUGCUUGAGGAAAUGGGUGAGAAGGGUUUUUUGACAAUGGACACUUUUUCUAUUGCUAUUAAGGCUUUUGCUUCGGCCAAGGAAAGGAAAAAAGCUGUUGGGGUGUUUGAUUUGAUGAAGAAGUAUAAGUUUAAAGUUGGUGUUCAUUCUGUUAAUUUCUUGCUUGAUAGUCUUGGUGCGACGAAGCUUGUUAAGGAAGCGGAAGUUGUUUAUGAGAAACUUAGAGAUAGAUUUGUUCCUAAUUUGCAAACUUAUACCAUACUUCUUAAUGGAUGGUGUAGGGUUAGAAAUUUAUUGGAGGCAGGGAGGGUAUGGAAUGAGAUGAUUGAUAAGGGAUUUAAUCCGGAUAUUGUUGCACAUAACAUUAUGCUUGAAGGGUUGUUGAGGUGUCAGAAGAAGUCUGACGGGAUUAAGUUAUUUGAAGUCAUGAAAGCAAAAGGUCCAUUGCCUAAUGUUCGAAGUUAUACGAUUCUGAUUCAGGACUUGUGCAAACAAAUGAUGAUGAGAGAAGCUGUGGAGUAUUUUAACGAAAUGGUGGAUCGCGGGUGUCGGUCUGAUGUUGCACUUUAUACUUGUUUGAUCACUGGGUUUGGGAGGCAGAAGAAAAUGGAUGUGGUAUAUGAUCUGCUGAAGGAAAUGCGUGAAAGAGGUUGUCCACCUGACGGAAGGACAUACAAUGCUUUGAUAAAACUGAUGACUAGUCAACAUAUGCCAGAUGAUGCGGUGAGAGUAUACAAGAAAAUGAUUCAAAGUGGCGUCGAACCAACAAUUCACACAUACACCAUGAUAAUGAAAUCCUAUUUUGUCACAAAAAAUUACGAAAUGGGCCGAUCUGUUUGGGACGAGAUGCGUCACAAGGGUUGCUGUCCUGAUGAUAACUCCUACACUGUAUUCAUUGGUGGGCUUAUAAGACAAGGCAGGCCAGACGAGGCAUGCAAAUAUAUAGAUGAAAUGAUGCAGAAGGGGAUGAAAGCUCCUCAGCUUGAUUAUAACAAGUUUGGUGCUGAUUUUUCAAAGUAUGGGAAUCCUGCCAUACUUGAAGAGUUAGCUCGAAAGAUGAAUUUUGCUGGUAAGUUUGAAGUCUCUAAUGUAUUAGCCAGUUGGGUUGAUAUGAUGAAGAAAAAUUCCAAGAGAAGAGAGGCUACAGAAUCCUGUAGGUAGUUUUCAUGAUUACUUUAUUCAUUUGACUUGAAGGUUGUAUGUGAGAAAAACAAUUCCUUUGAUCUACCAAUGAUCAUUUUUGGAUUCUAGUUUUUGCGUUAAAUUGUUUUAUGUAACGCCCUGAAAAAAAAUAUUAAGCUCUUUAUUUUUGUACAUAGUUCUUGGUUGAAAUUUUAUAAACCAGUGUUGUAUAAUGGCUUGUAACAGUUUGAAUGAAGAACUUGGCUGAUUUGAAGUCUUUUCUGGCUAUUUGUUGUAGUUUACGUUGCAACAAUGUAAAAUCUAUCUAUACUUGUUCAAAGCAUUUAGUUCACUUUUUGAUGUUCGUUCAACUGCUGGUGAAUCCGCUUCUUCUCCGUGUUUAGCGGAAUUUUCGUGGAUAUAAUGUUAGUUUUUGGUUGUUUUUUAAAGCUCUUUAUUUUUCGUGGAUAUAAUGUGAUAUUAACUUGAUACAAAAGACUAAAUGCUAAUUCCUCCUAAGUAAAACAUUAUUACAACAACGUCCUAGGUAAAAAACACCUUCCAUAUUCUGUUAUACUUCUUAUUAUAGAACAUUAUAAUAGGAGAUUGCCCAGUUAGUUAUUAUGCAAUUAUGUUUUUAUUAUUAUCUGUGUGUGUCGUUUAUGUAUAGUAGUUAUGCGUGUUUAGAAUAAAGUGGGAAGGACAUAAAAGAAUUGGUUAUAUGGAAGUUACUUAAGUGGUUAUUGGGACUCAAAAUCAUGGGGAACCAGCAUAACCCAGCCCUGUCAAGUGUUUUCCUGUUCUGUCUUUUCCCGUACAGUCUCUGUGUAAAAAAUGUAUAUGUAUUUGUGUGAAUCUCUUCUCCAGAGGUUAGAUCAAUAACAUUCCACUGUAUUUCAUAAAUAAUUAUACUUGGUACCAGUUUCGAUUAUAUUCCCAUUUAAACAUUCCCAAGAGAGGGAGGGGUUUGCGAAAAUGGUUCCUAUGAAUGUGGGCAUGGAAUUUAGAUUGAGCCUAACUCAAAUUCACAAAACUAGCUUAUAAGUGAGAGAUGCUUACCGCAUAAAUACCUCAAGCCAUAUCAUCUAGACGUCUAGAUUGUUACUCGAGUUGCAUGACAAUUGUCGCCCAAUGAAUAUAGCAUAGCCUCUGAUAUCUUAGUAUUUAGGUUGGUCCUAACUCAAACCAACGAGUCAUUUAAGUUAACGGUUUGAGUGCAUCUAAGUUCUUUUUGAAGACUGCAUUUUUAAACCUUCAAUUUCUUACAGGUUACCCAAGCCAUUAUCUCUAGCUCGCUUUAAUGUGCUGUUAAUGCUUGAAAAGUUUGUAUGAACGUUAAUGAUAUGCAUCAUCAAUUUUCAGUCAUGCGCCAAGGUUGCACUUGAUUUUGUCUCUCCUGAAAACGUUGGUGAGUGCUUCCAUUUGACAGAGGAAUUCCGGAAACUUACAGUAAAUCACAGGUCCAUAGAGGACAAAUUGGAGGUGAAGAAAAUGAUUAUAUACACUAUGGUUGAUGUGGUCAUUGGUCAAAACAUUGGAGAAAGCAUUGUACGACUUUGAGUGGUUUGUGCAUACAAGGUCAGGUUUAUUGGUAGAAGCUAAUAUUAGCAUUGUAUUAUAAAACUUUUGAAUGCAUACAUGAUAAGAUUCUAAGCUGCCCUUGAUGUGGUAUGUUUCGUAAAAUGUUAUGCUGAUUUGAAUUUGUGACCAAGAUUGUUUUGGCCACUAAGUCAGUGAAAUGAACUAUAUUCAGCGAAACCAUUACCUUGAUUGUUUUUGCCCCAGAUCCAGCUUUCCUGAUUUCAUGGGAUUUGGCAACUUGUUUUUUAUUUUAUUAACAAGGUACAUUAGUCUAUAUGAUUAUAUGUCACUAGCUUUCUUUACCUAUCAAUUUAAUUUUCAAUUUCAGUCGUUUCUCUUCAUAUGAUUCCGAAGUUCUAUACAUACCCCGAUUCAGUUACACAAAUUUUCACAAUUUUCCCUGCACCCGUUUUUACAAAUCUUGCGUAUUAAUCUUUUAAGCUCCGUCUGCAGCUAUCAACAUAGCUCAUUAUAUGGAUGCACCUAUCUUUCAUCACUUUUAAAAGAAAGAUGUCUUAGGUUUUUGAUUAAAUUGUUGAUUUGGAAGUGAAGACGCCACUCAAAGCUCUUAAAAUUGAAAAAGAAUGAAGUCCUUGUGUGCAUCCCUCAUUUUUGUUAUUUAUAAGUUGGAUCUUUAGAUAUGUUGACACUUAUAAGUAAGUUUGAUAUAAUUAUGUACAUUAUAGCUGUCUAAUUUGUCGCUGCUGUCUUCAUAUAUCGAGUUUUUUUAAUAGUAGUUCACUUUGGUUUUUCCCUGUUUGUCCGGGUUUUAUUUGUAUUUUUAUUUUUUAUAGUAGUUCACUUUGGUUUUUCCCUGUUAAUUUUCAUGUUUGUAUUUAGGAAGUUGGACUUUUAGGUUUUCACCAUCCACAUCUGUUUUAUCUUACACGUGUCUAAGAGAAAUUAAUUAAGGAUAUAGAAAGAAUGGAACCCUUCCAUGUGGCUCACGAUGGGAGACGAUGAUAUUGUUUUUAGGUUGGUAAAUGUGGUUAUAGUAAUCAUAAUCAAUUUUACUACGUCGGAAACUCCUCUGAGAGUCAUGUUCAAAACAUACAUUUCUCCUAUUCUAUGACUUAUGGUGGUGGAGGAUUUGUUAUAAGCUGCCCUUUGGCUAAAGAGCUUGCAAAUAUGCAGGAUCAUUGCAAUCAAAGUUACCCUACUUUGUAUUGUUAUAAUGAUAGAAUGCAGGCUUCCAUAGUUGAGCUAGGAUUCCAUUAACCAAGGAAGCAGAGUUUCACCUGGUAAUUAACACUCUUUAUAAAUCAAUUUCUAUAUAUUAAGUACACAAAUUUAUAUUAAGUCCAUUAGAUUGAAUUUCAAAAAUAAAUUGAGACCUCUAUUAGUUAGAAUGUAUAAGUACACAUAUUUAUAUAGAAAAAGAAAUUAUUUUUUACAAAAGGGUUAUUGAAAAAAACUCAGCACAUUUAUUAUAAUUUUCUUAACUCACUGCUCUACCUUUGUUUCCCUCAAUCACGUUCAGACCAGCCAUUCCUUUCCCUUUUGUGCUUAUAUUUUUUAUUUCUAUCGGUUUCAAAAACUUGCUUUAACAAGAACCAUGAAUGCUCUAGACAUUGAUUUAUUUAUAAUUGCAUCUUUUUUGUGAUUUGCUAGUGGAAGUUACCUCUAAUAUUAGCUUUGAAGUUCGAACUGGGAACAUUUAUAACCUCUCUUUGUGCUCUAAUGCUGUUGUUUCCGCCACUACUGAAGAUUUAAUUUUUUUUGUUGAUGUCACAUGCUUUGCCAAUGGCUCAACCGGAUGAGCAUUACUUAUGACAGAGCUGGACCUGUCUCGGUGUCUGCUUGCAAGUUGGAAGGAAUCAAAGUGGAGCCUUUGCUAGCUUCUUGGACUGAGAUGUUGCCUACAAAUGGUAGUGGAGCUCAACAUGCAGAAAAUAACAAUCUCAACUGGUGCAGUCACUGUCACAAACUGUCUGAAUUUGAAUUUAUGUAUUGCUGCCAUUGAUCCUUUAAUUACUGAUCGUAAACAUCGCACGGGCUGUAGACUAGUAGUUAUGGAACCAAACACAUACACAUGUAUCUAUAUCACUUUCUAUGUGUUAAAAAAUGCUUAGUGUAUUGAUUGUAUUUUCAUUUAUCUAUUGAAAAAUUCUUA